CCCAUGCGCCAGUACAUCCGCCUACGCGUUGUAUGGACACGCUCUGUGGCUUUCGGCGUCGCGGAUAUUACGAAGACCGGUAUAAGCGAGUGAGAGGAGGAGGAGGAGGAGGAGGAGAAAAAAGAGGAGACACCGUGGUGUACGGUUCUCGUGUGCUCGGCGACGAUCCUCGGCGACUCGUGCUGGAAUCUCGUCGCGACGAUGGGCGGCUAUAUGAGCAGCAUUGCCUCGAUGUCAAAUACGGCCGUGCACAGCGUGUGUCGCGGCCGUAAACGCAAGUACAUCGAGGAGUACGACAAUGAAUCCGAGUCCGAUUAUAUCGAUCGAACGCUGCAAACUCCGAAAAAGAGAAAAUUGCUUACGACAGCACAAUAUAUAUACAAAACUCUGUUCCUUGAAGAGAAAGGCAGUGACAUAACUGUCCUUAUACUUGGACGAGCAUGGAGAUUACACAAGGUCUAUAUUAGUCAGAGUCCCUAUUUUGCUAGUAUGUUUUCUGGCUCUUGGAGAGAAGCUAAUGAGAAGAUUAUUAAUGUUGAAAUCGCAGAUCCUGAUAUUACAUUGAACUCAUUGUCAAUAGUUCUGGGCUCGCUGUAUCACGAUGAAGUCAGUCUGGAGCCGAAACAAGUUGUUUCUAUUUUGGCGACUGCCACUCUGUUCCAAUUGCAAGAACUGAUCGACGAAUGCGCCGACAUUAUGAUACAGACUACGAACAUCAAGACCGUUGUGCCGUAUUACAAUGCGGCUGUGUCGUACGGUGUGUCGACGGUGAAGGCAGCCGCGAAACGUUGGUUGGAGGUCAAUCUAUUGGCUUACGGUUACCUACAUCCGACCUUCUUAAAAGAAAUCACACCGGACUUGAUGACAGAGUUAAUCGCUAGUCCUGACUUGGUCGCUAUGCAAACAGAAUUUUGCAUAUACACGAUGCUACGUGUAUGGUUGUUCGCACACACGCACAACGAAGAGGAGACGCCGCAGAUUGAGGAAUUCUUCAAGAAUCAUCUGUGGACGCAGCCGUUUUUGACGACGAAAGAAGGAAAGCGAUACGCGGCGCCGUUCAAGGCACUAAGGAUGAAAUAUUUGGUGUUGCACGAGCAAGAUGUCAAGCUGUUAAACGCCGACAAUUUAAUACCGCCUGACUGGAUGCACGACGCUUACAGAGAACAGUGGCUUCACGUGCUGAGAAUCGACGGGCAUGAGGAGAAAGGCCCGGUGCAAAUGACGGAGGAGGAAUUCUCCAGGGAGUGCUUCCGGUGCGGUAGAUGCAUCGAGAAGCCGGGUGAGCACGUUUGGCGAUGGAGGGCUUUCCACUAUGGGUUGGACUUGGUGAUGGCUAUGGACAUGACCACUUUUUACAUCGAGAGGAGCAACAGAAUGGAUUCGAAGCACAUCAAGGCCAAUCACAAGGAGCACAAUAUAAUAUUGAAGAUCUGCCUGUUCUCAUUGGACGAGCAACGGCAAGUGAAACACAUUCAGAAUUCGGGUCUGCUCAGGUUGUGCGUGAAGAAGAAUAUGCAGCUGCAUUUAAUGUCCUUGGACAAACAACUGACCUAUCCUCUGUACGUGUCGGUCCGCCUGCAAGUAGUCACGCCGUUCGCAUCGAGCAAGAAGGAAAACGACAUCAUACUUGUGGAUACUUAGCAUUUCGAGAAUGUAACGUUGCCUGACAAAUGUCGAGAGAUAAAGGAUGUGUGGCGUUCACCAACUCAUCUACUGUAACAUAUUCCAUUUGAUCGCGAGUAUUAGAAUAAGUUCGUAGGCAUAAUAAGUGCGUCAUUACUCGUUUGGCACAUGGCACUUAAAUUCGAACGCGGGUUACGGUUAUCUUCGAUAACGCAGAUACAUGAUAUGUUCUUUUUCUCUUCGCGGCCAUAUAUAGAGACUGACCACACAGGUGUUGUCACCGCGCUUCGCUUCUCAACGGCAGGUUCCUCAGAAGUCGAUUUUUUAGUUUAGUUCGCCGAUCGCGACUCUAUAACGUUCGGCUGUCGUCCGCAAAUCAAAGGGAUGCAUAUUGUGAGAAUGAAAGACCACUGUGUUCCACUUUAAGCGAGUUCCCCCGUUUUAGCAGAGUUAUUAAUUCGCCGAGGAAUCCGCCGUAGGGGAGAGGAUUCCCACGCGCUGGGAACGGAACAUUCCUUGUACACCCUUGUACAUUAAUGCGCGUUACAUCGCAGCAAAUAUGCGAGUUCGCGCAGUUUGCAGUGUAACGAGGCAUUCUAACGGCUCUGUCGUAGGCUUCUUCGUUAGAGAUAGAUUUUAAUUAUUCUUUGUACACUGACACACCGUAUUACGUGUAUAAUAACACUGUUGAACGCUGUUUCGAGGCGGGCACUUCUUUUUAUAUAAAUCUAGAAGUGAGUCUAGCCGACCGAGUAGAAUCGCCAUCGUGCAGUGGUAAUCUGCUGAGUCGGUGGUAGUCAGAGCGCAACGCUUAUAGAGUCGCAGUUCCAUCGGUACGUUUUCGCUAUCAAGUUGUAUACAUUUUUUUAGUUCGCACCGACUCUGGAGCACGCGCCGAAGUCGGCAGUGUCGUCGGCGCGGGCGGACGGCCCGGUUCCCUCGACGUCCGUUGACGUCGGUCGCGAUCGAUCGGCUUCCUCGCCGUCUCGCAGGCACAUAAUGCAUUGCAGGAGGCGGCGAAAAUGCAAAUAAACCACGAGGCCGAGGUCGAGGAGAACCGCGCCGGAGCGCUCGCGAGUUCAGAGAUCUUACAAGCGAGAUUGUAGUUACCUGAAGAGCGAUGUGCACACGUUUUUAGAAUAAGUAACAAGCUCGUAGCUCUCCUGUCGGCGAUCGACGGUUUCGUUUUAUUUCUCAUAACGCGGUUUAGUUGCCGUACGCGCGUCAUUCUUACAGUAUUAAUAUUUUGCUUCUUCAUUUCGCGCUUCACAUCGAAGUUGCAUUUAUGGAGACGUUGAAGGCACUCGAGGAGUUUUACGUUUUCUCCGGUAUAUUUUACAUACGGCUAUAUUUGUAUGUAGAACGUACACACACACACACACACACACACACACACACACACCCACACACACACACACACACACACACACACACACACACACACACACACACAAUGGCAUUACUCUCCGCUCGCAAAGCUAUUAGAGAGAAAAGUUUCGUGUAUAUUCACACGCUACUCAAGGGACCGAGUGAUCGAGCGUUUUUUCGUCUUCCGAUCGGUAAAGAGUUUUCUUCGAUUCCGGUGCCUUUUGAACAUCCACCUACCUACCUACCUACCUACCUACCUACCUACCUACCUACCUACCUACCUACCUACCUACCUAUCUACCUACCUACCUACCUACCUACCUAUCUAUCUACAUACCGAAAGAGAAACUAACGCGUACAAGCAAGCUAACUUUCUUAAUACACGUAAGACGAUAACUUUUGUAGAGAUAUUUUGUUUUGUAAAGAAGUUUUUCUUAUACCACGACAAUCGUUCAGUAAUACUGCAAUAAAAACGUAAACACGCAA